AUGUUAUUAAUGGCCAACAAUACAAACAAUAUAAGAUCUAGUGCAAUAAUAACGACGAAUAGUCAACCUAAUAAUAGCCCUUUGCCUUCGAGCGGGGUUCAGUCAAUUCCACGUGAUAAUCGAGAUCUUCUUCACCCUAAAAAAUCAGCAUUUUCUCCUAAAUUAGCUGGUCUUGGAACAACACAAGAUAGUAGCCUGUCAUCAGAUUCAUAUAGUAUCAAUCGACAAGGUUCAGCUGAAUCGAACUACAGCCAACAAUCAUCAGAAAGUUUUGAUGGCGACUCAUCUGAUAUAACAAAAACUGCUGCAACUGCUACUGGUAGUUUAUCACCUCCAAUAAAACCUCGCGAUCAAACACGUUCGGCAAAUGAAGCACUUGAACGAUGCAAAACAAAGCCAGUUGCAUUUGCUGUACGAACAAAUAUUGAAUAUGUGCCAUCGUCCGAUGAUCUUUGUCCUAUUGCUAAAGCCGCUAUUAGUUUUAAAACAAAAGAAUUUCUCCAUAUAAAAGAUAAAUUUAAUAAUGAUUGGUGGAUUGGUCGAUUAGUUAAAGUUGAUGCAUCACUUGGUUUUAUACCAAGUCCAGCUAAAUUAGAAAUGAUUCGUAUACAAUCCAACCGUAAAAAUAAAAAUCAUCCAAUUGGACUUGCAAAUUCAACACCACGGUUGAAAGCGUCAUCGCAAAGUCUUGAUGUUAUUGAUCAAAAUAUGUCAGGAUUCAACGAUGAGAUGUUUGGCAACGAUGGUGAUAAUGAUAAUCUUACGAAAUCUAGAUCAAAUGCAAAUGCUAAUAAAGAUAAAAAAAAAAAUUUUUUCAAAAAGACUGUAAACAUAACUCCAUACGAUGUGGUGCCAAAUAUGCGACCUGUUGUACUUGUUGGUCCGUCAUUAAAAGGAUAUGAUGUUACAGAUAUGAUGCAAAAGGCUGUGUUCGACUAUUUGAAACAUCGCUACGACGGUCGAAUAAUUAUAACACGUGUUACAGCCGAUAUAUCUCUUGCUAAACGUGGACUUCUAAAUAAUCCAUCAAAAAUAGCUCUUAUUGAACGUAGCGGAGUUAAUACAGGUGGUGAUAAUUCAUCAUCGACAGCACCUGGCAUAGGUUCAAUGAGCGCAGCACGUGCGAAUGGUAUAAAAGAAGUUCACGAUGAAAUCGAACGUAUAUUUGAAUUAGCACGAAGUCUACAAUUGGUCGUACUUGAUUGUGAUACAAUAAAUCAUCCAGCUCAAUUACAAAAAACAUCGUUAGCACCAAUAAUUAUUUAUUUGAAAGUCUCAUCACCAAAAGUUUUACAAAAAUUGAUAAAAUCCCGUGGAAAAAGUCAGCAUAGAAACUUAAACGUACAAUUAGUAGCUGCUGAUAAAUUAACACAAUGUCCUACCGAAAUGUUUGAUUUAAUAUUAGACCAAAAUCAAUUAGAAGAUGCAUGCAAUAGUUUAGCCAUGUUUUUGGAUACGUACUGGAAUGCAACACAUCCAAAAUUAGAUGAAAAAAAUGAUUUAACGAAUGAUAGUACAUAUGUACCACCACGUCCAACAGCUUCACUUAUUGCUCAUAUACCGCCAGUGAAUCCGCCGGGCUCUGUACCAGUCGUUACAACAGCUACACGUCUUCUUCCAUCAUCACCAUUAUUGAAUGAUAUAACACACUCACAAUUAUCUGUAAAUCGUUAUGGAGCUGCAAACGUUGCAGCAAAUCCAAAUCCACAUCCCAAUCCUAACCAAAGAGUACCAUCAGCAUCUAACGCGGAUUACUAUCGACAAACAAUAAUACCACAGCCGGCAAUUCCUGCACCUGUUUAUGAUGAUGAAAGAUUCGCCCAUUAUGAAAUGGCUAAUUUUCGAUAA